AAACAAUGGUCACAUGAUUUCUGUUUCACUUUCCAACAUGGCGGCUCUGCGGCAGCAGCAGCUGGCUGCUGCUCUCCUCUUCCUCCUCAGUCAGGGUUUGAGUUUUCCUCUGGGUCAGGACUCGAAACAGGCUCCGACCUGUGGAUACCAGGUCAGACACGUUUAGACUUGAUAUGUUUAACUAAUAUUUUAUUGGCGGUCAGGAGUCAGCUUCUGAGAGGAUACUUUCAGUUUCUGUGACAGUUUGAGGAACCAGAUUUAAACCUCUCCUUUCAUUUCCCUAUUUUAUUCCUCUACCUACCGUCUACUUUUAUUAGUUAUAUUACAUCACUGUAGUUGUGUAGUGUUGUAGCUGUCUCUUUGUGUGUGUGUGUGUGUGUGUGUGUGUGUAUGUGUGUGUGCGCGCAGUCAUGUCAUGCCACCAAGCCAGGUAUGCUGAACGUCCAUCUGAUCCCACACACACAUGAUGAUGUGGGCUGGCUCAAGACAGUGGACCAGUACUACUAUGGAGGUCAGUCUCACCUGUAAAUAUACACUGUAUAGCCUUUUUUUGGCCCAUAACACUUUGUGAUUGCACACUGUUUUUCUUACACAGUGAACUGAUACUGCUGCAGAUGAAGUUAAAAAGAGGGUAACUUAAAUGUUGAAGCUAAAUCCAUCAGAGUAUGACUGUAUGAUAUAAAUAAACACCAAUAUUUCCUAUGGCAGGAAAGACUUGUAAAAUGGGAUGAGUGGGUUUGAAAUAUAAAGAUACUGUUGAAAAUAGGGCUAAAAAACUGUACAACACUGACAGCUAAGACACUCUCAUAAAAAAGGAUAAAAGCUUGUGGUCUGUAAACCGAAGUAAAAAAAAAAAAAACUCAUUUUGAUGUAAACUAGAUCAUACGCCUCUCAGAAAUGAAAACAUGUCCAUCAUAUUAUCCAAUCAAUUAAUCAAUCAAGAAAGCAAGCAAUCACAGAAGCUUUAAAAGCCACCAAAGAGGGAGUAAGAGGAGGUUUUGGACAUGAGUCCUGCAUGAUAAUCAUACACAACAUGGAUAAACUCAAUCCAAACUGGCGUCAACACAGUCAAAAAACUUGACAGCAACAUCAUCUUGAGCCUUAGCUUUAUGCUCAGGGUGAGUUACAGUCAAACAAAGGCAAGAAAAACAAAAAUUUUGGCCCCAAAUCUGUUUCAAAAUCAGUUUAUUUCUGUGCCGCCUUCAAUGUAUGUACUUCUGUUUGAAAGCGCUGGAGGUUUAGCAUGCAUUAACUUCUCUGGUGCUUUUGUACUCUGCAGAGCAAUUAACCAGUUUGUAUAUUUUUAUCAGUUAAGCUUCAAUCAUUGAAAGCUUGUGGUUAAUGUUCUCAUCCUGUCUUGUGCAAAAACAUUGAAGAGAUUGCAGAUAACAGAGUAGCUUCAAGUUACGACAGCAUGUUGAAAUUCCGCAAAACCUCUUUUUUCUGCAAUGACAGCUUUUUCUUUGACAGGUUCAAAGUCCUGAAACUUGCAACCUGAUCACUUUAAAGUUGCUGCAAACUACCAAAUCCUUAUCAACACACGGAUAAAUCUUUACUCUUGUUGAGUUUCUGAUCUCUGUAAUCCACCAAAACUCUUCGAGGAAAAACUGAUGCAUGAUUCCAGCAGUGGUAUUAUGAUUCAUGUUUAUUCGUCUCCUCGAAUAAGCAUGUUUAAAACAUCUCAUGCCUCAUCAUGUGACUUUAGAGACAAACACAGUCGUAACACUUUUAUAGCUGAUUCAGGGGUGAGCUUCUCUGUUUCGACAUCACAUGUUUUCCUUUUGAAGAAAAGUGGCAAAUAUGUUCUUGAGCUGUGAGGUUAUAAAAACAGAGGUCAUCUCAGCAAAUCAGACGACGCGUGUUUUUAUAUCCAGCACCUUUUAGUGAUAAGGCCAUUCAAAGUGAUGAGCACAGACAUUAGAGGACGUCAGAGAAACAUCUCAGAGUGACCUCCUGAGGUUAUAUUUGUGUUUUUUAUUCUGUUGUCAAAGACUUUUCUCAACUUUGUUUGAAUAAAUGAGCUCAUAACAACAUUGAUUUGUAAAUACUGAGCAUGUACAAUCCCACCUGAUGCAGGUUCACAAACUCGUCUCGUCUUAAUCGAAGUGAUUCACCCCAGAAUGUUUUCCCAACGAUUAAAACUCACUGAUUGGUCUUCUUCUGUGGAAAAAGUGUGAGCUUGAACAUUAGGCUUAAAUAUAUUCUCCACUUAUUAAUCAUAAACUAAAAACAUCCUAAGCAUUUUUUUUCAUUAUCUUAAUUUUUAUUUAUAGAAUUUAUGUGAACAUGAACAACAAUUAAACACAGUACAAAUUAAAGACCCAAACACAAAAAAAAACCAUUUAAAACAAAAAUCGGAGAGAAAACAAAACCAGAGUCAAAUAAUUUUGUCAUUUGCAUGUCCAAAAUGGAGUGGGAGGAAGUGUAAACUUGUUUUGCGAAUUAUGCAUUUUUCUAUUUAUAAUGUCAUGAUUAUGCACCACUGCUCAAAAAAGUAAAACAAAAAACAAAAAAAAUCUCAAAAUAUUGAGUUUUCCACAGUUUUGAUGUUCAGUUUGUUAAGAAACACCGCUAUGAUGUCUCAAAACAUCUGUGGGUGCAAACUUUCAUCAGUUUUUAGCCAUGGUUUUGGUCAAAUACAGCAGCACAGGUGCAGGGUUUUGAUUUUUUAAGUUUUUGUAGAGUGUUUUGUAAUUUUUACUUGGUAGUGUUUUGUUUAAAAUUGCAAGGAAGGUUUCACAAUGUUGUUGGACAAAGUUAAGUUACAGUUUUUUCAUCCUUUUCUGCAUGAAAUGAAAACCCCACAGUUUUUUUAUCCUUCAUUAAACAGCAGGUGUGUUUCUGUGUAUCUUUGUGUAGAUCGUAAUGAAAUCCAGCAUGCCGGGGUGCAGUACAUCCUGGACUCUGUGGUGGAUCAGCUGUUAAAGAAUCCAGAUCGAAGGUUCAUCUACGUGGAGACGGCGUUCUUCUACCGCUGGUGGAAACAGCAGAGCGCCAGCAUGCAGCAGACCGUCAAACAGCUGGUCAAUGAAGGUACCAACGCUGCACACUUUAUCCACACUAGAUCGGCUGUUCUCCCAGUAACUUUGUUUAAAACUGUGUUUCCCCGUCCUUCUGCCCUCCAGGGCGUCUGGAGUUUGUAAACGGCGGCUGGUGCAUGAGUGACGAGGCUACCACCCACUACAGCGCCGUCAUUGACCAGAUGACUCUGGGCCUGAGGUUCCUCAACGACACGUUCGGGCCGUGUGGUCGCCCUCGUGUCGCCUGGCACAUCGAUCCCUUUGGACACGCACGAGAGCAUGCCUCCAUGUUUGCACAGGUAGCUCAGAGGUGUAGAGCCACGUUUUCAGAAUUCAAAAAGUUGUCACGUUGACCGAAAUGAUGUGGAAAACCGCAGCCGGCGUUUCUCAAAGCCCCUGAUAUCGCCCUGACAGGAGAAAAGGAAGCAGAAAAUUUAAACAAAACAGAAGCAAAGAGAGGAGGGCUUUUCCUUUUUUCAUUUCUUUUAGUUAUUUUUCCUGAUUAAGGGGUUCAAAUACUCACAGCUAAUCCUCUCUCAUUCAAUCAAAGCAGAAAGCUCUAAUGAGGGAGCCUUAAAGGUGCUGGAAGGAGGAUUUUGUUGCCUUGUGACAAAGCCGGGCAAGCUGUUUCUCUUUGCCUCUGCUUUUGACUGCUGAUGUAGCUCGUUACAGACAAAACAGUUUAUACCGAGUGUUUUCUGUUUUCUUCUAGAUGGGGUAUGAUGGCUUCUUCUUCGGCCGUCUGGACUACCAGGACCGGCAUCGCAGGAUGACAAACAAGGAGCAGGAGCUCUUGUGGAGGGCCUCUGACAGCCUCCCUCCCCCAGUGGCGGACCUCUUCACUGGUAAAUAAAGUCCCACAGAGGUCAAUUUCUUUGCACUCAGAAAACCUUGAAAAUCCACAGACUGUUUCUUUCUUGUAUUGAAGGGAUCCUCCCCAACGGGUACAAUCCCCCUGAAGGCUUCUGCUGGGAUCAGUCUUGUAGUGACGCACCAAUCAGAGAUGACCCCGACCUGGAGGACUACAACGUCGAUGAUGUCGUUAGUCGAUUUCUCGCCAUCGCAGGCAGUCAGGUUAGACACGUACCGAGUCACACAGUCUGGGUCAAGAUUGGACUCUGAGACACCAGAGUUGCUGCUGUAGCAAUGCAGAUUUCUCUUUUGUGGUUGGGGUAAUCUUACCUGACACCUCUACCUGUGUCAGUACUACAGUUGUGUCACCCCAGUCAGAAAGUCCAGAAACGCCCCUGCAGAGCGGCACAGAGGAAACAGCAGGGUCUUAGCUGCAGGAAAACAUUUUCCUGCUGAAUUUUUGAGAGAGGAGAAACUGGCCUUAACUGCAUGUCAUUAAUCAUCUCUUUUUGCCUUCUCAGUCCUUGGUGUAUAAGACCAAUCACAUCAUCAUGACCAUGGGCUCAGACUUCCAGUACGAGAACGCCAACUUGUGGUACAAGAACCUGGACAAGCUCAUCCACUACGUGAACGCCGAGCAGGCCAAUGGCAUCAAAGUCAACCUCCUCUACUCCACCCCGUCCUGCUACCUGCAGGAGCUGCACAGAUCGAACCUCAGCUGGUACUGAGAGCUUUAAAUAAGCGAGAGGAUGAGCUCGUUUGAGAUUUAUACUCUUAAUGAUGAAAUGUUUUCACUCUUUCGACACAGGCCUCUGAAGACAGAUGAUUUCUUUCCCUACGCAGACGACGCUCACGAUUUCUGGACCGGCUACUUCACCAGCCGACCAGCGCUGAAACGUUACGAGAGGGUCAGCAACAGCAACCUACAGGUACUCUAGAGGCACACACUGCCACUUUGUGAAUCUAGACUCUCGGUUUACUAAUGUACAUGCACAAUUCAAAUCGGCGUGGCUGAUUUUAACACAAGUCAGUACUUCAACCUAUGAGACAGCACAUAUCUGCUUCAAGUGUCAUAUGACUGUGAUUCCUCUGAGAAAACUGCUUUCUGCUCUCUGAGCUGUGUGGGUUUUUGUUCCUUUUGGUCCUCAGACGUGUAACCAGCUGGAGGUACUCGGCGGUCCAAUUUCAAGGGAUGGACCUUUUGGCAAUGGAGACAGCCAGACCAUGAGUGAGAUUUGGGUUUUAUGAUUAUUUCCUGGUAGUGGUGGAAGUAACGCUGGUUGUUUUAGUUUAUUCCAGUUGGUAUUAACAACUUCUUAGAAAAGAUAGAAGCUCGAGGAAAACUACAAAUGUGUUUAUUAGGGAUAAACCGAUCAUAUGGGUUCAGACUGCAGCUUACACUUCUUUUGUUUGUCCUAAUAACUUAACACAUUCUGGAACUGCUGAGUUUUAGUUACAGAGAAAGGUAACGUGUUUAUGUGUCACUGUCAGAGGAAGCCAUGGCGGUGGCUCAGCACCAUGACGCCGUGUCAGGCACGGAGAAACAACACGUAGCGAACGACUACGCCAGGAGGCUGGCCAACGGCUGGAAGCACUGUCAGGUACUUUCUAUUCCAAACACCGUUAACUCCCUCGCUGUUGUCCUAUAUUUUAAACCUUAGCGGUCACAGGAUUUGCUGUCUUUCAAACUUUUGAAGCCUACCUAAAAAAAAUGUUUUUUAAUCAUUCAAAACUGCUCAAACAGACACGUUUUUAUCUAUAGUUCACGUGUCUUUGUGUUUUUGUGUCUUUGAUUAUGCAGGUCAUAACUUACCUGUCUGCUUCUCUCUCAGGUGUUGGUCAGUAACAGUCUGGCUUCUCUAAGCAGCUCUUCUGUUGAGCGAGUUUACUGCGACAACCUCAACAUUAGCGUGUGUCCUCUAACAGAGUCCAGCACCAAGGUGACUCCACACACACACACACACACACACACACACACACUCCUUUAUGUCGAUGGGAUGAUGCAUGGUGAACAGGUAGUCACUAAUGCAAGGUGGAGGGGGUCUGCGCUCACCCUGAAGUGAUUCUAAUUUGCAUAACCGCCCCAUAACCAUGCGUUAACCCGUUUAUUAGCUGGCUACCACUUAAGUCAAGGACAUAUUGACACUAAAUGUUUUUCUGGAAAUGAUUUUACAGAUUUAGAAAUAUACGAAAACGUCUUCAUGAUUCCAGAGUUGGAAGCACUAUGAUAGCGACGGUUCUUAAUCCUCCUUGAUUGAUUAUUGAAACAUUAACAUACUAAUAAAGUAAUCAUUUGAGUGGAUAUAUCCACAGACAAUGAACAGGACAUCCUUUGCCCCUCUUUACUUUUUCCAUCUAAAAGUAAAUGAGGAAAAAGUCAGAACUUUUCUGCAGUUGGUUUAACCUAUACCUUUCAGGGUUUUUUUUUUUCUGUUGCUGUUGGUUACCUUCCCAAAAUCCACUCUCUAGCACUGCUAUCCUUGGGCAGAUUGCCAAUAAUAUCAGUUAUUGAAAUUCCCAUCUGUUUAGCCUUCAAACAGAAUGCUGACGGGAAGUAACAUCUUUAUCUCAGCAUCAACAAGUAGACUUGGAGUGUGUCUGAACUAUUUCUUCUCCUGAACUGAUUUGAUGACUUCUGAUUUUCUCCUCUUUCUACCAAUUUUUGACUUUUUGACAGCAGUUAUUAUCUCUGUGUAUCAGGAGCUAAGAUGAAGAGCAGAUUCACUACAUCAAGUCAAAUCAAUCCGCAGAAAUUGGUCUCAUUUACCUCUGCUUGACUGUUUUUUAUCUGUACAUAAACCGUCUUAAUUUCAGCGUUUAGCGUCAUUAUUUAUAUGAAUGACAUUUGUAACUUCUUCAAACAUUAGCUUUAUGUUAUACUGAGUCUCUUGUCUCUCUUUUUGUCUCCCUCUCAGUUCGCGGUGAAUGUUUAUAACCCUUUAGGUCGCACCGUCACCUGGCCGGUGAGGCUGCCAGUGAACGGGACGGCCUACACCGUCUCAGAUCCCAGCGGCAGAUCUGUGGACUGCCAGGUCAGUGUGUGUGUAUGAGACAGAUCAGAAACAUGAUGCAGGCAUUAUUUUACAGAUCCCACCCUUUGUAAUUAGAUGGAGUAUUCAUCUUUUACAGAAGUGUUUGAGUAUUCACAUAUCUCCAUUUAUUUUAAAGUUAAGACUUAAGAGACCUCAAAGGAAAGUGAGAGUAUCUGAGACUGUUUUUGUGAACUGAUCAAAACUCACAUCUUUAUGACUUAAACAGAGGUAGUAAAGUGUUACAUCUAUUAUUAUUUUGCUCAUUAAAUGCCAAAUUACUAAAAAAAAAAAAAUAAUCCAUAUACUGUAGUUUUGUCAUUUACUUUUGCAAUCCUCAUUUUGUCCACAAGAGGGUGCUCUACACUGUUAACUCCUCUUCAUAAUUGAAUUAAAGCUUUCAUAACGGUUGUUUUCAAAACCAUCCACUAUACCAGUGGUUCUCAAGUUCAAAUGAUCAGCUCGUUAUCAAGCAAUUACAGAGCUUGAUAACGAGCUGAUCAUUUGAAUCAGGUGUGUUGGAGCAGGGAAACAUCCAAAACAUGCAGGACAGUGGGCCUCGAGGACUGGACUUGAGAACCACUGCACUAUACAAAAAGUGCGUACUGGUUUGCCCAAAUCAUGGGUUGCAGUGUGCGAACAAAAAUGAGAUGAAUACCCAGAUGACGUACUGAUUCAGGAAAAUAAUAAAUAUAACAGACAGAUCUACCAUUUACAGUCUUUUGGUAUAAUGUUCCUCUGAAACUAGAAACCUGAGAUCAUGGUUAAAAUUCUGUCUUUUUUCUCUGAAUUCUGAGUUAAAAAAAAUUUUCUUCCCUUUUUUUGUUUACAGUAUUUUGAAUUUUUUCCUACAAAUGAUCAUUUUUGUUUUGGAAUCCCUUCCUUUUUUUCCAUAAAUUUUGACUUUUUUUUCAGUCCCUGUUGAUUUUCUCAGAAUUCUGGGUUAUUUUUUAGAGUUUUUUUUUUCAGAAAUUGAAUACUCAUUUAUAACUCUGAUAUUUUUGUAUGUCUGACCAUUCUCAGAGUUCUCUUACUUUCAGAAAAUUGUUACUUUUUCUUUUAUUUCCAGAGUAUUUUAGAGUAUUUUCUGACUAAUUUUUACUGCGGAGAAAGUGAAACAUAAAAUUCACAUCAAGACGUCCUCUGACCUCUCUGUAUCUGCGCUCCAGGUGGUUCCGGUAUCAUCAACCACGAGUAGAGUAAGGAAAGGCCGAGGCUACGCUGUCAACGAGCUGGUGUUCCAGGUUCUGGUCCCUCCUCUCGGCUUCACCACCUACUCCGUGUCGCUGCUCAAGGAUGGACCUCCACCGGCCUCCACAAAGCACUACGCACCCACAGCCAUCCAGAACAAGGUAUCUACCUCAUAAUCGUUUUUGUGUGCACUCUUAGUUAAAGCCAGUUUUGCUAGGGUUGCAAAACAAAAGCCUCAAACAAACCUCCAAAGGAUUAUUAUAGUGAGUUUAAACCUAAUCCUGUUAUGCUAAAUGCAGCUUUUUUCAUCUUAAUGUACAAAACCAAAUCUGAGUGUAUCCCUGUGAGAUUCUUUUUCUUGGAUUAAAACAAUUUUAUUUUGAAAUAGUUAAGGAAUUCAGACAAAAUAACAGAGGGAAGCUGUUCUACAUUUAAUAUCCCAGUUUUCUAGACAAAUAAGCAGCACUUUUAAAAAGACUUAUAAGAUCCAUGAUCAUUCAAAAACACAACAAGAAAAAGUGCUAACUAAAGGGCUUAUCCUGUGUAGUUUGUACAUUUUAAAUAUUACCAUAGAAGUAUAUUUUCCUGAAAAAUCACAUCUAAGUUCUUCUCCUGACUUUGUUUUUGUGUUUCUGUGUACUCCAGUUCCUACAGGUGACCUUUGACCCCAGCACCGGCCUCUUGAGCGGUCUUAGCAACCUGGAAACCGGACAGAGUAUCAAGCUGACGCAGAAUUUCUACUGGUUAGCAUCUCUGUGGUGGAACUACCCACAGAACCUAACCUGCAGAUCAUCGGUUUGAUUCAACUUUGUUUCCCCUUGGGCUUAUUGGGCGUGUGUUUGUGUGUUUCAGGUACAACGCAAGUGAUGGUAACAACUCUGAAAGCAACCAGCCGUCAGGUGCUUACAUCUUCAGACCAAAUACCUCCACACCUUUUGUUAUCAGCAAGACGGCCAAGACGCAGACUAUACAGGUAGCAGUCACAGCUGAAGAUGACCUCCAGUUCUUCUCAGUCGUUUGGCUCAAUUUUAGUCAGUGUUGUAGUUCUUGCUCUGUUUAGUCUCAGAUUUAUGCUCAAAUUGUUUACAUUUAUGUCCUCUUUUCCUCUCAGACGUCUGUGGUGCAGGAGGUGAGGCAGUGGUUCUCUCCCUGGGUGUCUCAGGUGGUCCGUCUCUACAGCGAUAGCAGAGCUCUGGAGCUGGAGUGGACCGUCGGACCGCUCCCCAUCGAGUAAGUCUGUAUUUGAAAGCUUUAAUUUCUAAAUGAUGAGAAAGUUACAUGUUUAUUUCACUGUUGUUUCUGUCCUUCAGUGAUGACCUGGGGAAGGAGGUGAUCACUCGAUUGGACACCAGUAUUGAUACUAAUGAAUAUUUCUACACUGACUCUAACGGCAGAGAGGUGUUGCAGAGAAAGUAAGUUCAACUUCACAUUCAAGAGCCUACUUCUUCCUCUGAAGGCCCCUCACAUACCCGUGGUUUUUUGUUUUGUCCUACAGGAAAGAUUUCCGACCUACUUGGAAUCUAAGGCAGUCUGAGCCCAUCGCUGGAAACUACUUCCCCAUCAACUCCAGAGCCUUUAUCAAGGUUUGUUUGAAAGCUUUUUUUUUUUUCCACAUGAUCACAUAUCAGUGAAAGAUGAUAUUCAGUUUCAGCUUUUUUCUCAGUCCAUAUUUUCCACUUUUAUCGCACUUGAACCACGUUUAGGAUGAAACGGACCAGCUCACUGUGGUCACAGAUCGCUCUCAAGGAGCAGGAAGCAUCAGAAACGGCUCUCUGGAGAUCAUGGUGAGAAAUAGACACUCAAUCAAGACUAAUCAUUUGUAAAUGAUCAUUUCUAGACCUUUUUCAACAUAUUCUUGGAUAUAAAUGACAAAUAGAUACAACAGACAUGCUUCAGUCCUAAACUUGAAGAAGGUUAAGGAGCAAAAAGCUUUUCUUUUGACCUCUGACAGACUCAGAUUGUUGUUUGAGUUAAAGAGUGAACAUAUUUUUUCCUCUUCCUCUGCUUCAGCUCCACCGCCGCCUGCUGUACGACGACGUCCGAGGUGUGGGUGAGCCUCUAAACGAGACAUCAGACAUCUUUCCGGAGGGACUGGUGGUCAGAGGCCGUCUUAUGCUCUUACUGGACCGCCCGCUCACUGCAGCUGACUCACACCGCCCCCUAGCUCAGGAGAUGGUACUGCAGCCUCUGCUGACAUUCACUAAUGGAGAACUGCACCCAAACGCUAAACUGGAGGUGAGUGAGGAGGCGCCUCAAUUUCUACACUUGAGGACUCUGACAGAUUUUGAGAGUUUUGUGGCUCCUUUUGUGGCAACUUUUCAGCCAAACUGCAACCUUACCCCAAAUUUCCACCGCAUCCAAAACGGCUACGAAAAGGCUGUACCUGCCGAUCACAGCUGAUCGUAAUCAUUCAAGUUAAUGUGUCAAUUUCCACCAGCUUUUUUUCAUUCUGCUGCGGAUCGCCAGACUCUGCAGCUGAUCACAAGAGUUCUAUCUUUCCCAUGCUGAAAAGGAAGUCGGGUACAGACACAAAAUAAAACAUCCGGCUUCUUUUCAAAAUAAAACACUCUGUGUUUCAGGCGGAUCAUAUUUCACACCAUGCAACAAGCGAAAAGUUUAUAGACAGCAUUUCACACUGAUGACACCAUGAUUUAGAGGAUGCUGAUUCUAAAAGUGGAGAAGUAGAUUUCCCCAUCCGGAAGGACACAAUCUACUGCUUAUAUUGUUAGCCUCUGUGGCUGUCUUUAUAGAGACAACUCCUUAUCGCACGAUUGCAUAUGAAUCUGCAGGUUCUUGUUAGUUCUCGAGAUUCUCGCUGCCCGUAAUUUGCCACGAAAUUUCGCCUCACAAACGGAGCUGGUAGGAAUUUGUGGAUGGUGAAAAUCACUACCUCUACGGAUCGGAGCUGUUCCGGAUACGAUGGAAAUUCGGGGUUAUUCAGAUAAUUCUACCCACAGACACUUCCAUCAGGCCCUUUGUCCACUUGCUGGAUAUUGUAUUUUCACCUGUUUUUCCCUAGAGAAAUGUGAAGUUUAUCGCCACAUUUUGCAGCCUUCAUUUGGAGUUGUCUCGGUUGUUUAGUUGCUUGACCACUUUGUUCAGUUUGAGUGAAAAAUUUGCUUGUGUGUGCUGGGUUUUCUUUUUUGCUUUUUUGUUUGUUUUCUUACAUUUAUACAGUAGCUCCAUCUCCUGCCUGUUUGUAUCUUUUAGUCUCCAGAGUUUACUCCAGUUCAGUUUUGAACAUAUUUGCAUUUUCACAAGUUGUCCUCGUUUACCAAACCUCAGGAGAGCAGCCGGAGCUGUUGUUGAUUUUGGCUCUGCUUUUACUGACAUGUUUUCAGAGGGAGUCAUAAUUAGUGACACAAACUGUUGUCUUCAAGUCGUUGCAGUAAUUACAGAGAAAUGUCACCCUCUAAUUCAUGUCACACUCCUCAGAUGUUUUUUAACAGCAGGCUGAUGAUCUUCCAUUGUGCAUCUGUGUGUAGUUCUCAGGGCUGCAGGCUUCGCUGCCCCCUGCUGUUCACCUGCUCACACUGACCCAGUGGGACGACAACUCUGUGCUGCUGAGACUGGAGCAUCAGUUCCAGAGCUGGGAGAGCAAAACGCACUCCCGGCCAGUCACCGUCAACCUGCAGGUCAGUGUUUCAAACACGCACCAUACACCUUUAUAUCAUUAAAUCACAGUGAAGCUGAAAACUGGAGCACUAAGUUUAAAAUAGUGAAGGAAACCUCGGUUCCCAGAAUGUGAAACAUAUUUUUUGAUCAGUUUAAAGUAAGUACAGUGAGUAAAGUUCAAAUUUAACAUCCAGCUCACUACACCACAUACUCUGUAUUUCCUGGCUGCCGGCUAAAAAGACACAAAAUGUUGACUUUAGGUUGAUAUUAGUGAUUUAAAAUUAUUUAUUUACAGGGCUGAAAAAUAAGGCCCUCAGAGUCCAUGCUCCUAUGGCAACAACAAGUUCUCAUCAGCCAACUUGUCGUACCUAUAAGCUUUAUACUUGUACUUUUUCAGACUCUAAAUAAAGACCAUGAAUGAGCUUUUCUGUGAUCAAUCAUUUUAAAUCGAGCAUUAGUCCACACCAUUGCUUCAUGCCUUUUUUUUCCCCAAGUUGGUCAAUGUUGUUUUUACUCCGCUCCCUGUGUGAUGCUGUUUUGCCUCAUUUUUUUCUUGUCUUCUCCUUUACUAGUGAGUUUUUGGCCACCAACCACAAGUUUAGAGUCACAUGCUCUCCAAAUACAUUGACUGUAUCAUACGAAAUAUCCUCCAUGUUAAUUAACGAUCUAAAAAGCUAUCUAUGACCAUUAAUUUUGCCACAGUGUCAACAGUCCAGAGAGGAAAUGUGCGGCUCUCCUUUUUGCAGAUUUCUAGGACUUGAUUUGUAAUGUCAGGUUGCCCCUGGCAACACUUUUCUGUUCAAAAAUGCAAAAAACUGUUGACCAAUAACAAUCUCAUUAACAUCUUUCUUCAGAUUUGAAGUCAUUAACAACUUUUUCCUUUUGUCUCUGUAGAAACUGUUUUCCACUCUUAAAGUUUUGGGCGUGUCCGAAUUGAACCUCUCGGCCAAUCAGUGGAUAGAUGAGAUGAAGCGUCUCCAGUGGACUCCAGAGUCAGGUACGUGAAGAAACUUAUGACUUCAGUAGCUUCUUAAAUCCUGACAGUGAGCCAGGGCUAGACGAACAUGUAACAAGCACAGAUACAGAUGAAGAAGUCAAGUGUUCUUGAACUACAACGGACAAGUUCACAAGCAUGAAUCCAGAUCUGAUUUAGCUGAUUACACUUUAAAAAGAAAUUAAAAAGACACUAUGUCUCUCUUUCAAACUCAGUUGUUGUUGAGAGAUUUGUAAAUACCUGAUAAAGAAAUUUCAGUAACACUUUACUUGAUGGCUAUCUCUGUAACACAUUAUAAAUAUAUGUAUAAUACAUUAUAAUCACACUGUAGCACUGUAUAACUAUAGUCAUAAACACUCAUAAAUGAUCAUAAUGCUUUAUAGCAAUAACCAUAACAUGUUAUAAAGCAUUUUAUCAUGACUUACAAGGUCAGGUAUUAUAAUGUGUUAUGCUUAUUGUUAUAAAGCCUUAUGAUAAUUAUUGAGUGUUUAUAAUGAUAGUUAUACAAGUUUAUAAGCAAAUUAUAACACAUCAUAAAUAUAUGUAUAAUGCAUUAUCUAUGUGGGCAUUAUCAGUGAGUUGUUAACAGUUAUAACACAUGAUAAUACCUGACCUUGUAAGUCAUGAUAAAAUGCUUUAUUAUGUGUUAUGAUGAUUGCUAUAAAGCAUUAUAACCAUUUAUGAGUGUUUAUGACUAUAGUUAUACAGUGCUAUAACGUGAUAAUAACGCAUUAUAUAUAUUUAUAAUGCAUUACAGAGAUAGGCAUGUAAGUAAAGUGUUAGUGAAAUGUCAACCAAAACCCUGAGCUACAUGAAAAAACACCAGUAUAAUAUCUUAAACACUCAGUCAAGACUAAAGUUAUGAUUGCAGCUGCGGCAAACUUCACACCACAUGAUACUUAAGUGUAAAAGAGCGCAAUAAAUGAGUGAUUUGAGUCUGCACAAACCUGCAUCAGCUGAAAAUGACCUUCACAGGAAAAAAAAGGAUCAGAGAAUUCAAAUAUCUCUCAAUGAGAUGAAAAGAUCAAGAUGUCUUUAAAACUUUGUUUAAGAGGUAAUUUUUAAUCAUUUGUUUACAUUUAUUCACUGAGGACUAGAAUUCCUCUCCUGGAGAUCAUAAAUGUUGACUGUAAACACUGUUGACUAUCCUGCUCAUCAGAGUCUCACAGGAACAGGAUUUAACCCUUUACUUGAUCCUCCUCUGAGCAGAAGAUAAAAAAAACCCAUCAGAGUUUAUGCUCUGAAACCAAACCUGAACCCCAAAUAGCCAGAUGUGGUUCAAUCGUCUGAUGUGUGGGCUGCUGGUGAGCAUCCACUCACUAAUGAAGCUCUUGGCCGGUGGUCCUGGCAUAGUUUGACGAUUUGAUUGAAAAGACAAGGAUGAAUCCAGAAAUCCACAGAUGCUUUUUUUAAUUUCAGCAGCACGCUAAUCAGCGCUCCAUUACAGACAACUUAACUUUAAAGACUAUUUCCCUGCAGGGACUAAUCAAGCAGGCAGUGGAAUAUAAUGAGUCAUAAAUACAGCUUUAUGGCUCGUAGCUUUAAUAGUAAACUGAGGGGUGUUUUAUGGCUCAUCGGGACUCUUUUUUUACAGGCUUGUUACGACAGCUGAUCCACUAACAGGAUUUGAUCCAUUUACUGAUCUGACUUUAUAGAGAUGAGCUCUUGUCAUUUUCAAAUCUGGGCAUGAUAUAUGAAGGGAUUUAAACCACUGCAUCGGCUCAUUAAGAUUUCACCUGUCAGUUUCAAAUGGCUCUAAACUGAUACUUGGUUUGAUUCCAGUUUUGCUGUAAACAGCUGCAAAAAAUUACUAACUCUGGUAACACAAUGAAGCAUAAGUACAUUUAUAAAGCCUUAUACAUGCAUUUAUUAGACCUUAUAACAAUCUUUGGAGUGUUGCUGUAUAAUACAUUAUAAAUCAUACCUUCCUGAGGCGUUAUGGUCACUGCUUUUAACACUACUUUAACAUAGCUACAAGUUAGCUAUCACUUUAUUUGACGCCUAUCUCCAUAACACAUUAUAAAUAUAUUUAUAAUGUGUUAAAAUCACAUUAUAGCACUCUGUAACUUUAGUUAUAAACACUCAUAAAUGAUCAUAAUGCUUUACUCCACUAAUCAUAACACUGAUUUACUGGGUCAGGUAUUAUAAUGUGUUAUAACUGUUAACUUACUGACAGUGUCUACAUAGAUAAUGCAAUGCAACAGUUGUUAACAGUUAUAACACAUUAUAAUACCUAACCUUGUAAGUCAUGAUAAAAUGCUUUAUAAUAUGUUAUGAUUAUUGCUAUAAAGCAUUAUGAUCAUUUAUGAGCAUUUAUAACUCUUGUUGUCGGUGCUAUUACGUGAUUAUAUGCAUUAUAAAUAUUUAUAAUGCUUUUUAGAAAGAGGCGUCAAAUAAAGUGCUAGCAUAAGUUGUUAUCACUCAUAAAGAGUGUUAUAAAAGCUAAACAUGAAUUUAUGAGGCUUUAGAAAUGGGCUGGUGUUGCUUUAUAAUUAUUGGAUUUAUGUAAACUUUUACAAUAGCUAUCCUCAUAAAGCAUGACUAUUUGUGAAAAAAAGUAGUUAGAAAAUUGUUUUUUUUUAAAUGUUGGACUUUUAUCUUCAUCAGGACAGUCAAACUGUGUCCUGUUAGAGACUGAGCUGAGUGGAAACUGGUGGACAUAAGCGUUUGUCGAAGGAUUUUUCUUUAUACAGUUUCAGAGUGUCUCCAGGUUUAGUCCGGAUUUGAUUUGGAAAUAACUUGAACAGUCUGCUUUUCUGUGUUGUAAAAUGACACUCAGAGCCUGGUGUAGUUUACACUUUAUACAAAGGUGCUUUGAUCCAACAUGUAGGGAUGCUAUUAAAGUCCCACUCCGAGCAUUUUUUUUUUUACUACUCAGUGUUCUCAGUGGUCUUUAAAUUGUGUUACCUGUGUUGUUUUUAAGGGCUUUUCUUCUGCAGAGCUCCAGUAGAUUAUUAGCAAUUCACCUCUGAGUCGUGGGCGGAGACACUGCAGCUCUGCACACUCCUCGUCACGCUAGCUUGCAGCCUAACAUUGCCGGUGUAGUAGAAGUGGCAGGUAACAUAGGAGCUAUUCAGCUCUCGAACACUUAGAUCUUUAGGGACACAAUGAAAGCUAACAUCAGAAUUAGCUUUCUUACAAGCAUUGCAACCCGCUAACGCACAUGCUUGUGCCGUGAUCGUCCUCUGUAUUUCUCCUCUAUAUGCAGAGUGUGGCCUGCACAGCAGGGCUCUGGGGGCGGAGCUUGGAUUGGUUACAUAUGAACUCUCACUGUUUCUGAACCUGCUGUUUGAGUCUGCCAGAGAUUCACAGCGAUUUGAAUGCAAAAAUACUCAGAAAAGGAAUUUCGUAUUUAGUUUUCUUAUGUUAUGUCCUGUAGCAUCAGAAAAAUGCCAACAUAUAAAAAAACAUCAGAGUGGGUCUUUAAAGCCAUUUUAGACCAAAAACAAUAUUAGUAUUGUUCUUGAAAUAAUGUGUUGCUCUUGUUGUUUUGACCUGUUUUAUAGGUAAAAGGCCCCUGCUGAAGACAUUUGAAGACCCCUCCCCAUGGGAGGUGGCCUUUACACCAAUGCAGAUCCGAACCUUCAUUAUCACAAUGAGCAACUGAUAGCCAAUCAUGUUUCUUCUUUUCUUCACCGGUCCAGGAUUUUUGAGCCAAAUCAGUAACACAUUUCUGAGCAGCACAAGUUCUUGUUCCUGGAGCUCCAAGAGCACAGACUUUUAAAAUAAGAGGCAGGCUUUACACAGCCUGUCUUUGACCGCAGAAAACCCCAGAGCUGACCGACCCCGAGAUUUCCACAGACAUCUGGAGGUCAAGGUGGAAUGUCUGUGGAAACCCGCUACUUGAUCAUUAGACUCAUGAACAAAAGAGAAAACCAACUGAGACAGAACAUCUGCACGAGUUUUGCACUAGUCUGUUCUUUUUGUACAUUUGUUGAAGCUGCCUUUUUGUACUGAGAAACACCGACAACACCAGAGCCAUCAGAACUGACCCUGGACCAUUUUUACAGCUUUUAAAAGGGAUACUUUUUAUCAGCACAUGCAUUUUCAAUCACACUAGAAGUGAAACUAAAGCCAAUUUUACCGACUGCUUCAUGUGUAAUUACGGUAAUCGCCACUAUGUGUAAAUAUUUUAAAGCAAUUUUAUACUGAUUACCAAGCAGCUGCUAAUAAAGUCUAUGAUUCUUAACUCUG